UUGUUUUUUUUUUCUUCUGUUUAAGUUUUAUUCUAGUUUUAAAUUGCUUUUAUUUUAUUUUCUCCUCUUCCUAUGGUGUUUUGUUUUGGUCUUAAAAUGCAUAAUCAUAAAUAAAAAAAAUUCAUCAAUCUGCUUUUAUGUGUAAAGAUAAAGACUCAGGAGAUGAGCGAGAGGAAGUGAAAUUUUAAGAUAAAUUAAAAUAAAAAAAAAAAUCCCAAUCCCUGUGCCUCCGGUCUUAAGUUUCCGUUCCCGUUCUAUUGGAACUUGAAACCACUCCAAAGGAAUUUUUCCUUCGUGUUUGCGAAACCUGGAUGUGGACAUUCUAGAAUUCCAAGAUCUCAACAACACUUCAACUCCACUCAUAACUUAAAACAAAAUGAACAAACUGCACUUAAGCCGAGUUGAUGAGACAACUCUACUCUGCGCUGCGUCUAAAAUACAGUAAAGGCCUCACGUUCCGUUCACGUUCAUUCUCGGCCAACACAACAAAUAUAAUAAUUCAUCAUGAACAAAAAACGUCAGAAUUAUAAAAAUUAGUGAAUAUUCUAGUUGAAACAAAAAAGAAGAGAAAUUAAAAAAAAAAUACAAAAUUUCGCGAUCAAUAAGCAACAAAAACUAAUUAAAAAUUAGCAAUUUAUUGUGAAACGAAAAAGUGAGAAGAUUAUUUAUAUAAUUGUUGAUCAGCCCGCUCACCUGUGGUGGAGGAUGGUGGUUGGAUGUUUUCGUUUCUACAGCCCAACUAUUAUCGUCGACGUCAUCGUUGCAAAAACAACAAUAUUGCUGCUGUUGAUCACCAUCAUCAACAUAUUCAUCAUUUUCCAGCAGCAGCAACAGCAGCAACAAUUAUAAACGGGAAAAUGGGUGGUGGAACGCGUCGUGGUCUUGAACCACUCGAAUUCGAAGAAUGCAUUGUGGAUAGUCCAGAGUUUCGAGAUAACUUAACACGACACGAAAAGGAAUUGGACCACACUAGUCAUCAAAUUAAGAGAAUAAUCAAGGAGGUCAAGGACCUUAUGAAUGCGGCUAAAGUUCUAUCACAACGACAAUGCCAACUAGCAAAGAGUUUAAAAGAAUUCAAUUUUGAGUGCAUCGGCACAGCACAAACGGAUGAUGAAUUGGUGAUAAGCGACAGCUUAACACAUUUUGGAACAAUAAUAGAGAGUAUAGAAGAUCAUCGAGAGCACAUGUUAAAACUUGCAAACGAUCAAAUUAUUGAACGCCUGGAAGAUUUUCGAAAGAAGCAAAUCGGCGGCGUUAAAGAGAAUAAGAAAAAGUUCGAUAAAAAGACUGAAAAGUUUUGUCAGUCUCAAGAAAGAUUUCUCAAUAUGUCAACAAAAAAACCAGAAAACACGAUACAAGAGGCUGACGCUAGUUUGGGAAUGCAUGAACGUGAAUACAUUCAGGAGUCACUAAGUUAUGUCCUUCGAAUACAAGAAGUUCAAGAACGGAUAAAAUUUGAAUUCGUUGAAAUAUUACUUGCAUUCAUAUCAGGAUGGUUAGUGUUUUAUCAUACUGCACAUGAACAGGGAGAAGAUAACAAGGAUUACCUUCAAGACCUAAGGCAUAAAGUUCAAAAAACAAGAGAAAAUUUUGAAGAAGCUAGAGAAAAAGUCAAUGAACUAAAAAGCAAAUAUAUGGAAAAGAAAACGAAACCAGAAGAGAAGUUCACUAAACGUGGCUAUUUAUUUUUAAUGGAAAAGAGUUCCAUUUUGAAAAUAUCCCUUCUAGAGCCGUUUAAGGCAACAUGGACCAAAUACUACUGCACAUACAAAAAACAAAAAAAGGAAUUUACAAUGCUGCAAUUCAAUCAAAUUUCUGGUCGACCAGAGUCUAAUGAUGAAAAGCUCACACUUAUUUCGUGCCAACGAAGAGCAUCCGAAUUCGAAAAACGUUUUUGUUUCGAUUUGACUUUCAAAGAAAAACCAGGAAUUGUGUAUACAUUUCAAGCGCUCAGUGAAGAAGACCGCAAAGCGUGGAUAAACGCAAUGGAUGGAACGGAACCAACAUACCUAACUCCUGGUAAAACAAAAGGCUCCGAAGAAUAUCAAUUAGAUGAGACGGGUUUUGCGUUUGUUCGGAAAUGCAUCGAAGUACUGGAGAAUCGAGGACUGGAAGAGGAGGGUAUUUAUCGAAAAAGCGGUGUGGGUACAAAGAUAACCAAGUUACUCUCACUGGGCAUGGAUAAGAAAAAGACUGAUGUAGUAUUUAGUGAAGAACAAUAUAAAGAUCUUAUGGAGAGCAACACUAUAGCAAGUGCACUGAAGACAUACUUGCGUAAUUUAAAUGAACCAUUGAUGACUUAUCGAUAUCACAGCGGGUUUAUAGAAGCGGCAAAACAAGACAAUCUGAAGCAACGAGUUCAUGAAGUUCAUAAAUUAGUCCACAAACUGCCACAGCCAAACUUCAUAAUGUUGGAAAUGGUCACUAAGCACUUAACUGAGGUUUCUCGAAAAUACGAAAAGAACAAGAUGUCCGUAUUUAAUUUAGGAGUCGUAUUUGGACCAACACUUCUGCGACCGCAGGAGGAGACUGUAGCUGCUAUUUUAGAUAUCAAGUUCAACAACAUUGUAAUAAACAUUCUGAUCGAGAACUAUGAAUUGAUUUUUAAUAAUCCACCGGGAACCCUCGCUGGUAUCACAGCGAAUUCCAGCCCACCGGCAAGAGUUCCCCGAGCACAUCAAAUGGGUGCACCAAGUGUGGGGAACCGCCCUACAAUGUAUUCACCUCAGCAGCCAGUCUAUCGCAUAGUUACUAGUUACACAGAACAGCCGAUGUCGUCUUCAUUACAAAACAUACCUAAUGGAAUGAUAUAUCAGCCAAGCAGUAGUGCUUCUGCGAGCAGCACUAAUGGGACUUCCAAUUCAAAAGGUAUGGCUCCAAGUAUACCAGUACAUCAACACAAAUCGAACCACCAUCAGAUGUCACAUAUGGCAUCAUCUGAGAGUGACAUAAGUGUGCGGCGGGAUCCGACCACUUAUGCUACUGUGGGCGGUACUGUGUUACCAGGCGCCAAUUGUCCACUUGUAGCACACCAUGCAACACCUGCGAAUGCAACCAAUUUGCGCCAUGAAUACCUCACUCAACCAGGUGCUGUGCAUCCGUACAAUGGUCCAAGCCCACCAAGCAAUCGCGUCAAUAUUUCCCCACCACCGCUAGCCUUGCGGCCCGAACAACUCUACGGAACCAAUUCCACACAUGCGCGCUCCCAUUUAAGCUAUGCUCAAAAUAAGCACUAUCCAGGAUCAUCGCGAGGUGAUUCCAAUGAUCGGAUGCAUUCGACGAGUAGUUCGAAUGAGUCUGUGUGUGAUUCGGUAUCUUCGUCCAGAGACAAGCCGAGAGCAUCGAUUGAUUAUUCAACGCAUCAGGGACAAGUAGGUGUAGCCGGUUCAGUUACAAAUCUCUUGGCAGGUGUAUCAAAUGCAAAUAGCUGUGAUGACGUCGUUGUGACUUCUAGUAGUAGUGCAGUUUCGACAAACAAUACAGCUAGUGAUUAUGUGCCAAAGAAGGUCCACCGGACAAAGGAUUUCGAUCAAAUCAAAAGGGACCUAAGUGCAGGAACUGCGCGAGUACGUACACUCUAUGCGUGUUUGGGUGAAAAUGAAGGAGAGUUGUCUUUUGAACCAAAUCAAAUUAUUACCAAUGUUCGUUAUUCCCACGAACCCGGAUGGCUGCAAGGCACUUUGAAUGGAAAAACUGGCCUGAUACCAGAGAACUAUGUGGAACAUUUAAAAUCAUUUCUUUAAAAGUCAGCAGCGCAAGUAGUGAUCUUCAAAGUUAAAAGAAACCAAUAAAUUCAAGUGUAAACCAUACAUAUGAAAAUACAUAUAUAGAACAGAUACAAAUUUUAGAAGAACAAACAAAAUAUUCAUUCCCUGUAAUCUUAAGCACUGAGGUGAUGUAAUUUAAUUAAAUAAUCUUAUUUAAGUGUAUCAUAUACAUAUAUUUAAUAUGUAACUAUUAAAUAAACGAAGGAUAUUUCCUGCAAUUACUGUGAAUUAAAAUGUAAUAACAAAAUAGAACGAAUACUGGGACUAGAUGUAUUCAAGUAAAUAAAAUAUAGCAUAAAUAAUUUUUUAUCAUAAAAUAACUAAAAAUAGAUAUAUAGUUUUUUUUAUUAUUUUGGAUUGGUUUUUGUUUUAUUUUUGUGAUUAAAAAUAUAAUUUUCCAAAAUUCAAAAUGCAUCUAAUUGCUUUAACUACAUUGAAUUAAACGUUUUAAAAGAAGUCAACAAAAAAGUCAAAUUAAAAUCAGAAUACAUUACAUUAGUAUACCAGAUUAAUACAAAAUAAUACCAGACUUAUAAUGUUAAAAAAUACAUUGGGACUGAAAUACAUUAACUUAAGUACAACACAACUGUACUUGAAACAUUUUAAGCAUGUUGUAUAUAUAAUGUAAAUUAUGAAAGACCAUGUUUUUUGAUUGAAACAUAAUUUCAUAAGAGGUAAUUUUACUUUUACUUAAAGUUCAUGAAUGGUAACUAAUAUAGAGGUUUACAAAAGUCAUUUUGGAUCUAGAUACUCAUUUUCAUAUCUUUUAAUUUGUGCAAUGAUUUUUAUUUGUAUUUAAAUCUGAAUUUAAAUAUACUUUCCAACUUCCAAAUGUUCUCAUAUUCGUUGAUAAUAAAUACAUACCAAUAUAUUUGCAAGUUUGUGAAAAGAAUGGUCCUUAAAACUAAAUAUGGCGUUGAAGCCUACAGUGAAUAAAAUUUCCCCCGGUAUUCUACAAACGAUUGAAUUUGAAAACGUUUAUAGUUUCGCUAUUUUUUUGGACAUUCGACUUUAGUCUGUUGAUAUGAAAGCAAACUGCUGGCGAUAUUUUCAUUAUUAUUUCUAACCAUUUCUAUUCACGGUAGACUUUAUUAUGUUACAAACUAAUGUUAUUAACUUUACACAGAAAAAAUAAAAUGAAUUGGUUUUAAAUUUUAAAAAAAGUGGAGAUGCGCCUGUUAUCUAGAUACUUUUUUUAUAAUUUACAGAGCGUAGAUUUUUGUACGUAAAAAUUAUGUUUGCUCUUUAAUAAUUUGGAAUGUAUUUUUUAUUUAUCUAUUUUUUUUUAUUUAUAAAGUUCAAAGUUUUAGAAAACAUUUAAAUUGAGUUGAAAAUAACCGAGGAAAGUCUUCGGUAAAAUAAGAUGCAGUUUUAUCCUCGCAUAGAGCAUUACAAUAUCGUUAGGCCUUAUGAUUGAAGCACUUUAUUUUAUUUAAAUAUGGAAAUGAAAGGUAUUUGGAAGACCUAGGUAUAAACCAAACAAACCAACCGUCAUAUAAAUUCAAAAUGUAUUUAUAAAUCAAACAAAGAGAGUACUUGUCUCAUUUACUUGCAUUUACUUUUUUCACUGCAUCUGCCACGAAAACAAAAUAAAACGUCGGAAACGUAUUUUGAAAGACGUAAACGAAAAGAUGCAUGCAUGUAAAUAUUAUUUACUGAACGAAGUUUUGCAUUUUUUUUAAAUAUUUUUUUUGAAGCAGAUAUCUAAAAGAAUUAAAUAGAACGAAUAUUACAAAACACUUCAAACGAAUCACGCACGCAUUUGCAUUAUAGAGAAAAUUUAUACAGAUUUAUGUUUAAUAGUAUUUUUUACAAUAGUUUCCUGAUUAUUUCAUUCCAUUUGUAUAUUUAAAAAAAAAAUAACAGAGUAGAAUAACCUGUAAUAUCCCAUCGUAAGGAAAAUGAUAAAUUCCAAAAGCAAAAACACAACUACAUAAUAAUAUAAAAAUUAGAAAAAUAUCUUUAAAGAAAAUCCGAUAUGUAUACACAAUUACUUUAGCUUAUACAUAUUUUAAGCUUAUAAAUAUAAUGUAAUAAAUAUUAUAAAACACAUUAUA